GUGUGUGUGUCUGUACGGGAGCACAGAAAGGAAAUGUCUCUCUCAGGCUGAGACUCCACUCUUCUCUCCUCUCAGAUAACAGAAGACUGUCUGACUGCCUGCCUGGGAGACUGCCUGUUAGACUGACUGCCUGCCUGGGAGACUGCCUGUGAGACUGGAAGACUAACUGUGAGACUGCCUGUGAGACUGGGUGCCUUACUUCCUGCCUGGUAGACUGGGUGCCUUACUUCCUGCCUGGGAGACUGCCUGGGAGACUGGGUGCCUGACUGGCUGGGUGAGAGAGGGACGUGUGGACGUGUGGACAGGACUGCAGAGCAGGAGCUGAGCGGUAGCAGCAGAGAUGCCUCGGACGUGUUUGCUGUGUGUGUACAGCGUAGGAGUUCUGAUGCUGUUCUGGACGGGUCAAGUGGAUCUCUACCGGACCCAGAACCCAGAGGAUGACUCAGAGGAUUAUGAGCCCAGAACUUACCGUGAUAGCAGGGGAGUGGAAUGCCGCCGUUGCUGUGAGCCUGGAGAGGAGCCCCCCCAGCAUCUAAGAGUGGUGCCCCAUAUUAACAUCACAAUCCUUAAAGGUGAGAAGGGAGACGGUGGCGCUAGGGGCCCCUAUGGGAGGUCUGGUAAAACGGGUCACGUGGGCCCCUCUGGCCCCAACGGGCAGAAGGGGUUGAAGGGCAGCGUGGGGUCCCCCGGGGAGCACUGCAAGUCCUACCACGCCGCCUUCUCCGUGGGCCGCAAGAAGGCCCUGUUCAGCAACGAGUACUACCAGACGCUCGUCUUCGACACCGAGCUCGUCAACCUCUACAACCACUUCAACAUGUUCACCGGGAAGUUCUUCUGCUACGUGCCAGGGGUCUACUUCUUCAGCCUCAACGUGCACACCUGGAACCAGAAAGAGACGUACCUGCACCUGAUGAAGAACGAGCAGGAGGUGGCCAUUUUGUACGCCCAGCCGAGCGACCGCUCGAUCAUGCAGAGCCAGAGCCUGAUGCUGGAGCUGUCGCGGGACGACCAGGUCUGGGUGCGCCUCUUCAAGGGCGAGCGGGAGAACGCCGUCUUCAGCGACGACUUCGACACCUACAUGACCUUCAGCGGACACCUCAUCAAGGCGGAGAGUGAGGGAUAGUGUGGUGUCUAAAAUAUACACUCACGCGGUCCCAUUUAAGCGAAGCGGAGUCGAACAGCAGAUGGUGAAUUCUCCAGUACAGAUUUAUUGCAGAUCUUAAACCACAAUAAGGGAAAGUUUCUAGAAAGGUUUCUGUCUGCCUAGAGUCGCGCUCUGACAUUUAAACCUCUUCUGACACUCCCACUUCAGCCCUGACUGGCUGACCCUGUAACCAAUCAAAUCCUGACUUCUAACCUGACACCAUCCAAUCAGAAAGCUUAAAAUGUGUAUCAUGACCCACCCUGUACCCGGUGGGCCAAACCCCUUUUCUAACAUCGUGUUGAGUAUGUAUCUGAUCCUCAAACUAAUUAAAUGAAUUAUCUGACAUUCCUCCUGAAUCAUAUUAAAAUAUCCCACAAUAGGACACGCCCACUCACCCCGUCGCCAUGGACACGGCCAAUAGGCUGCGAUGUUAGAUGUUUGUGAUGUCAGUUACUAUUUACACUGUGUAUAAUAAGUAUUACUGCCUUUAUUAUCUUUGUAUUCCGUUGCUUUUAUUUAAAGAGUGUUACUUAUAACAAAUAAAUAUAAAACAAAUAUAGUUUACUUAUUACAAAUAAAAUAAAUUAUUAUUAUUAUUAUUACUUCUGUCUUUGAGCCAGGCGGUGGGAUAGCAGAUCAGGUGCCUAUUGAGUAUUGAACAGGGUCAUUAUGAUCACUGAUCAGGUGUAGAUCAUGUAUUGAUUAGCAGACGUAGCUAACUUAUCCAAAGCGACUGACAGUGUAUGUGCACAUCUCCGUCACUAUGUUGGCUUCUCGGGGAUCGACCCCAUGCCCUUGGCGUUCGGCGCGAGUGUGUGUGUGUGUGUGUGUGUGUGUGUGUGUGUGUGUGUGUGUGUGUGUGUGUGUGUGUGUGUGUGUGUGUGUGUGUGUGUUUGUCUGUGUCAGCAUUUGUAGCGCCUUGUCGGUUUGUCGUUUUCCAGCAGUACAAGAUGCUUUACUCCAUCUGUUUUACAGCCCAGUACAAGAUGCUUUACUCCAUCUGUUUUACAGCAGUAUAAGAUGCUUUACUCCAUUCGUUUUACAGCAGUACAAGAUGCUUUACUCCAUCUGUUUUACAGCAGUAGAUGCUUUACUCCAUCUGUUUUACAGCAGUACAAGAUGCUUUACUCCAUCUGUUUUACAGCAGUACAAGAUGCUAUACUCCAGCUGUUUUACAGCAGUACAAAAUGCUUUACUCCAUCUGUUUUACAGCAGUACAAAAUGCUUUACUCCAUCUGUUUUACAACAGUACAAUAUGCUUUACUCCAUCUGUUUUACAGCAGUAUAAGAUGCUUUACUCCAUCUGUUUUACAGCAGUACAAAAUGCUUUACUCCAUCUGUUUUACAGCCCAGUACAAGAUGCUAUACUCCAUCUGUUUUACAGCAGUACAAGAUGCUUUACUCCCUCUGUAAUAAAGUGUCUCAUGUAUCAACCUU